AUGGAGGACGACCGGGCACUCGUCGAUCUCGGUGCAGCAGCGGAUAUUGAGGAAGCGCGACUAGAAGUUCACGGAGCAGACAACGACACUACAAAAGAUGAGACACCGGCAUUAAGACAGCCAAAGAGGCGCUUCGUAGGACGGAGAGCGGCGGACGAGGCAGCGGCAGCCAAGGGAUCAACAGAGGAGGGAGGUAGCGGCGCUGUUCAAGCGGCCAAACCUCGACGAGCUCCGCGACUUCUAAACAGAGUCCCCAAAGAAAUAUUAGAAGACCCCAGCCUCAAGGAAGCCAUAGCGCUACUACCAGCCAACUACAACUUUGAAAUACCAAAGACAAUACACCGAAUCCGAGAGUCAGGGGCGCGCAAAGUAGCGCUGCAGAUGCCCGAAGGCCUGCUGUUGUUUGCGACAACCAUUUCGGACAUUGUCACGCAGUUCUGCCCGGGCGUCGAGACGCUCAUCAUGGGCGAUGUGACGUACGGCGCGUGCUGCAUUGACGAUUAUACUGCGCGGGCACUGGGUUGCGACUUGCUGGUGCAUUAUGCGCACAGCUGUUUGAUUCCCGUGGAUGUGACCAAGAUCAAGACGUUGUACGUCUUUGUCGAUAUCAGCAUUGACACGGCGCAUCUGAUUGCCUCGCUGGAGAGAAACUUUGCCAGUGGCAAGACUAUUGCGAUUGUCGGCACUAUUCAGUUCAACGCCACCAUCCACGGCAUACGGAGCAGCCUCGAAGCUGCCGGUUUCAGUGUCGUCGUGCCUCAGAUUGGACCACUCAGCAAGGGUGAGAUCCUGGGGUGCACGUCGCCUCGUCUGCGGGAUGAGGAUGGUAUCGACCUGAUUCUCUAUCUCGGUGACGGACGCUUCCAUCUUGAGAGUAUCAUGAUCCACAACCCGGCCAUUCCUGCCUACCGGUACGACCCAUACUCGCGCAAGUUGACGCGAGAGACAUACGGCCAUGACGAGAUGCAGUCGGUGCGCCGCUCCGCCAUCCAAACUGCCCGCAAAGCCCGUCGCUGGGGCCUCAUCCUGGGAUCGCUUGGUCGCCAAGGGAACCCGCAUACGCUGGCCCUGAUCGAGCGGGAGCUGGCCGAGCGGGGCAUCCCCAAGAUAGAUCUCCUCCUGAGCGAGAUCUUCCCUGGCAAGCUUGCCAUGAUGAGCGAUGUUGAGUGCUGGGUGCAAGUUGCAUGCCCACGGUUGAGUAUCGACUGGGGAUACGCUUUUCCCAGGCCGCUCCUGACUCCUUACGAGGCGCUUGUGGCGCUGGGGAAGAGAGGCGGCUGGGGAAAGGAGGAUGGUGGUGAUGGCAUUUACCCUAUGGAUUAUUAUGGACGGGAUGGGCUGGGGAGGACGAAGCCGCUGGAGGGUGUUGCUGCAUGA